CUGAAUUCAAGAACAUAUGUGGGAAUAUUCUUGGUUUCACUUUUGACAUUCGUACUGGAAAAGCUGUUGACAUUGAUGAAUGUAAGGAAAUCCCAGGAAUCUGUUCAAAUGGCGUUUGCAUCAAUCAGAUUGGCAGCUUCCGCUGUGAAUGCCCCACUGGAUUCAGCUACAAUGACCUGCUCUUGGUCUGUGAAGAUAUUGAUGAGUGCAGCAAUGGAGACAGUCUCUGUCAGAGAAAUGCAGAUUGUAUCAACAGUCCUGGUAGUUACCGCUGUGAAUGUGCUGCUGGUUUUAAACUUUCACCCAAUGGUGCCUGUGUUGAUCGCAAUGAAUGUCUGGAAAUUCCUAAUGUUUGCAGUCAUGGUUUAUGUGUGGACAUACAAGGAAGUUACCAGUGUCUAUGUCACAAUGGUUUUAAGGCAUCCCAAGACCAGACAAUGUGCAUGGAUGUUGAUGAAUGUGAACAUCAUCCAUGUGGAAAUGGAACUUGUAAAAACACAGUUGGAUCGUAUAACUGCCUGUGUUAUCCAGGAUUUGAAUUAACUCAUAAUAAUGAUUGUAUGGAUAUCAAUGAGUGCAGUUCCCUCUUUGGUCAGGUGUGCAGAAAUGGACGGUGUUUCAAUGAAAUUGGUUCCUUCAAAUGUUUAUGUAAUGAAGGAUAUGAACUUAAUCUGGAUGGCAAGAAUUGCAUUGAUACUAACGAGUGUGUGGCACUGCUUGGUUCAUGCUCUCCUGGUACCUGUCAAAAUUUGGAAGGAUCGUUCAGAUGCAUCUGUCCACCAGGAUAUGAAGUAAAAAGUGAAAGUUGUAUUGAUAUUAAUGAGUGUAGUGAGGAUCCCAACAUCUGUCUUUUUGGCUCUUGUACGAACACUCCAGGAGGUUUCCAGUGCAUCUGUCCUACAGGUUUUGUGCUGUCUGAUAAUGGACGAAGAUGUUUUGAUACUCGCCAGAGCUUCUGUUUCACUAACUUUGAGAAUGGGAAAUGUUCAGUGCCGAAGGCUUUCAACACCACAAAGGCAAAGUGUUGCUGCAGUAAAAUGCCAGGAGAAGGAUGGGGUGAUCCUUGUGAGCUCUGUCCAAAGGAAGAAGAAGUUGCUUUUCAGGACCUGUGUCCAUAUGGUCAUGGAACUAUUCCUGGAAUUGAUGAUACACGUGAAGAUGUCAAUGAAUGCCUUGAAAGCCCUGGGAUUUGCUCAAAUGGUCACUGCAUCAAUACGGAUGGAUCAUUCCGCUGUGAGUGCCCCAUGGGAUACAACUUAGACUACACUGGAGUACGUUGCAUCGAUACUGAUGAAUGUUCAAUUGGCAACCCAUGUGGAAAUGGUACGUGCAGUAACGUGAUCGGCAGUUUUGAGUGCAGCUGUCACGAAGGAUUUGAACCAGGCCCAAUGAUGAAUUGUGAAGAUAUAAAUGAGUGUGCUCAGAAUCCCUUGCUGUGUGCUUUUCGUUGUAUCAACACUUACGGUUUCUAUGAAUGCACAUGUCCAGUCGGCUAUGAACUAAGAGAAGACCAAAAGAUGUGCAAAGAUCUAGAUGAGUGUGCUGAAGGUCUCCAUGACUGUGAAUCAAGAGGCAUGGUGUGCAAAAAUUUGAUUGGUACCUUCAUGUGCAUUUGUCCUCUUGGAAUGACCCAGAGACCUGAUGGAGAAGGCUGCACAGAUGAAAAUGAAUGCCGCACCAAGCCAGGUAUCUGUGAAAAUGGUCGUUGCAUGAACCUUAUUGGGAGCUACCGAUGUGAAUGUAAUGAAGGAUUCCUGCCAAGUCCAUCAGGCAUUGAGUGUCUUGAUAAUCGCAAAGGGUUUUGCUUUGCUGAAGUUUUACAGACAAUGUGUCAGAUGGCUUCAAGCAGCCAGAAUCUUGUCACUAAAUCUGAGUGCUGCUGUGAUGGAGGCCGGGGCUGGGGCAACCAGUGUGAGCUCUGUCCACUUCCCGGAACCACCCAAUAUAAGAAACUCUGUCCACAUGGACCAGGCUAUACUACAGAUGGAAGAGAUAUUGAUGAAUGUAAGGUCAUGCCAAACCCAUGUAGAAAUGGACAGUGUAUUAACACUAUGGGCUCCUUCCGAUGCUUUUGCGAAGUUGGCUAUACCACUGACAUUAGCGGCACAUCUUGUAUUGAUCUUGAUGAAUGCUCUCAGUCUCCUAAACUAUGCAAUUUUAUCUGCAAGAACUCGGAAGGGAGCUAUCGGUGCUCAUGUCCUCGGGGAUACAUCCUUCAAGAAGAUGGAAAGACAUGUAAAGAUCUUGAUGAAUGUCAAACCAAACAACAUAAUUGUCAAUUUCUCUGUGUCAACACCCUUGGAGGCUUCACAUGCAAAUGUCCACCUGGUUUUACACAACAUCAUACAGCUUGUAUAGAUAACAAUGAAUGUGGUUCUCAGCCAUCGCUCUGUGGAUCAAAAGGAAUUUGCCAAAACACUCCUGGAAGUUUUACCUGUGAAUGUCAAAGGGGAUUUUCUCUGGAUUCUACUGGAUUAAACUGUGAAGAUGUGGAUGAAUGUGAUGGAAACCAUAGGUGCCAGCAUGGCUGUCAAAACAUCCUGGGUGGAUAUAGAUGUGGAUGCCCACAAGGAUAUAUUCAGCAUCACCAGUGGAAUCAAUGUGUUGAUGAAAAUGAAUGCUCCAAUCCUAACGCAUGUGGUUCUGCUUCUUGCUACAACACACUUGGAAGUUACAAGUGUGCCUGCCCAUCUGGAUUUUCUUACGACCAAUUCUCCGGUGCAUGCCAUGAUGUGAAUGAGUGUUCUUCCACCAAGAACCCCUGCAAUUAUGGUUGUUCCAACACUGAAGGUGGUUAUCUCUGUGGCUGUCCACCUGGCUAUUACAGAGUUGGACAAGGGUGA